AGAGGUCGCGUUACUACACGAUUGAAAGCUGCCUGCGAGAGAAUGCCUGACCCAGCGAAGCCCGCACCCAAGAAGGGAUCUAAGAAGGCCGUGUCGAAGACGGCGGGGAAAGGCGGAAAGAAGCGCAAGAGGACUAGGAAGGAGAGUUAUGCUAUCUACGUGUACAAAGUUCUGAAACAGGUUCACCCCGAUACUGGAAUCUCUUCGAAGGCGAUGGGUAUCAUGAACUCUUUCGUCAACGACAUCUUUGAGCGCAUUGCCGGUGAGGCCUCCCGCUUGGCUCACUACAACAAGCGUUCGACCAUUUCCUCCAGGGAGAUCCAGACCGCAGUGCGCCUGUUGCUGCCCGGUGAGCUCGCCAAGCACGCCGUGUCCGAAGGAACCAAAGCCGUUACCAAGUAUACCAGCUCAAAGUAAACAACUUCCCGCAUCUCAAAGGCUCUUUUAAGAGCCACCCAAAUGUAUCCCACGAAAAGCUUUUUCCUAACAAAACUUUUAUUAGUAAUAUGCCUAUGUUGAUGUGGCUGUACCAUGACCGGCCUUACUUACAGGUGCACUGUGAAGAAUGUGGCCAAUGGGUAUUGCACAUGCUGCUGAAAAGAGACAUUUGCGAAUGGGCAGCAUGAAUUCUGGAAAUAAACCACAAAACGGUGCACCUAUAAAAUGUUUACUGUAUGAAGUAGCACAGUGCAUGUGGUGUGGUUGCUGACUCGUGCAGUGCAACGCUACCCGACCCUUUUCUGUAGUCCAAAUAAUGCAAAGCAAUAAAGACAAAUGGUGUGCUCCACUUGUAAA